AUGGCAGAGAAGAACCUCACCUUCGUGACUGAAUUCCUCCUUAUUGCAUUCACUGACUGUUCUGAAUGGGCACUCCCUCUCUUCCUUCUCUUUCUACUUAUCUAUCUCAUCACUUUGUCAGGGAACUUGGGCAUGAUUAUCCUGAUUCACAUGGAUCACCGGCUCCACACCCCAAUGUACUUCCUUCUGAGUCAUCUCUCUUUCAUAGACAUCUGCUGCUCAUCUGUCACUGUGCCUCAGAUGAUGGCUGUGUUGCUGCAGCAUGGGGCAGUUUUAUCCUACACACGCUGUGUUGCUCAGUUCUUCCUCUUCACCUUCUUUGGCUCCGUUGACUGCUACCUCCUGGAAAUCAUGGCCUAUGACCGCUACGUGGCCGUGUGCCAACCUCUGUUUUAUGUCACCAUCAUGACACAGAAGGCCCUUUUGGGUUUUGUGGUCGGGGCUUACUUUGCUGGUCUCUUCAGUGCCUUGGUGCGGACAGUCUCAGCUUUCACUCUCUCCUUCUGUGGAACCAAUGAGAUUGACUUCAUUUUCUGUGAUUUCCCUCCUCUUUUAAAGCUGACCUGUGGGGACAGCUACUCCCAGGAAGUGGUAAUUAUUGUGUUUGCCAUUUUUGUCAUCCCUGCCUGCAUGGUGGUGAUCUUGGUGUCCUAUCUGUUUAUCAUCAUGGCCAUUAUGAGGAUCUCCUCAGCUGGAGGCAGGGCCAAGACUUUUUCUACAUGUGCCUCCCACCUCACCACUGUGUCACUCUUCUUUGGCACCCUCAUCUUCAUGUAUCUGAGAGAUAACUCUGGCCAGUCCUCACAGGAGGAUCGUGUGGUAUCUGUGUUCUACACAACAGUGAUCCCCAUGUUGAACCCCCUCAUCUACAGCCUGAGGAACAAAGAAGUGAAGGAGACCCUGAGGAAAAUUCUCAACAGAGCCAAGUUGUCCUAA